AUGGCGUCACAACAGCAGCAACACGCUCCGGGAGGACAUUACUCGGGCCAUAACCCAAUCCCUACCGUCAGGCAGUUCGUCGAAAACCUGGACAAGGACAAGGCGGCUCGAGACAAGAGAAUAGACGAAGCAUCCAAGCAGCAGAACCAGCAACAAUUGCAACCCCAUAAGCAGCAGGAAAGACAAAUAAAGGGUACAGAGCAGGUGGUUACUGACCCUACGACUGGUAGGGAAGUCACCAUUGCCGAUGUCAACGAGGAUAUGAUGGACGAGGUCGAGAACCCGCAUCUAGUCAUACCAAAUGCAAACCUUGAUAAGCAAACACCCAUCAAGACCGAUGCCUCCCAGUCGCUCGAAGACUACAAGCACAACCAGGAUGUCACAGCUCCACCGGAUCCAGUCGCCGAAGGCACGACGACCGACGUACCUAUUCACGGCGAAAAGACGAACGUUCUCUUCCACCCGACACCCUCGGUCAGCUACGAACCCAUGUUUGCCGCACUCGAAACACGGGCCAACUACCUGUGCGCAGGUAUCUUGAUUGGAACAGUUGUCGUAGGCAAGAUGUUCGGUGGCGCACUGAAGGGUCUAAUACCACUCGGCAUGUGCCUGGCUUCUGGCGUAUUUCUCUGGAUGAAGGAAGUCGUGCGCAGCGGACGAGAGGUAGAGUGGGACAGCGAGCAAGUCCGUGGCCAGAUGGCCUCUCUGAACUUGCUACCCGAGUCCGUCGAGUGGAUGAACACGCUUCUCGCUAUUGUGUGGGGCCUCAUCAACCCCGACAUGUUCUCUGGCGUUGCAGACAUGCUUGAAGAUGUCAUGCAGGCCUCCGUACCAGGUGUCAUCGAAAACGUCCGCGUGGCCGAAAUCAACCAAGGAAGCAACCCGUUGCGCAUCCUUAGCUUGCGAGCACUUCCGGACUCACACAUGGGCGACAUGAAGAGGUCCAUCCACGAAGAGAACAAAAAGACGAAAGACCCACAAGAAGCAGCAGCAGACGAAGAAGGUGGAGAUUACUACAAUCUGGAGGUCUCUUUCGCAUAUCAUGCGAGCCCCAGUGGAAAGCGAGUUUCGGAGAGAGCACGAAACAUGCACAUGCAGCUGGUAUUCUACUUGGGGAUUAAGGGUCUGUUCGGUGUUCCGCUGCCCAUCUUCGUCGAAUUGCAGGGACUUGUCGGCACAGUCCGCCUGCGUCUCAACAUGACACCCGAGCCUCCUUUCCUAAAGACGUUGACCUUCACGUUGAUGGGCGCACCGCAGGUCAGUGCCGGAUGUACACCCAUGGUGGAAAAGGGUGUAAAUAUCCUCAACCUUCCAUUGAUCAGCAACUUCGUCAACUACGCCAUCAAGGCAGCAGCAAGCAUGUACGUUGCGCCCAAGUCUAUGUCUAUUGACAUGCGAGCUAUCCUCCAGGGCGACUCCGUUCAAAAGGACACGGAAGCCCUCGGUGUUCUCUGGAUCCGUAUUCACCGCGCUGUUGGCCUAAGCAAGCAAGACAAACGCGGAUCGAAACAUGGUGGAAGCGACCCUUACAUCACUAUCGCCUUCUCAAAAUACGGAAAACCCAUGUACUGCACUCGGGUCAUUACCGAUGAUCUGAAUCCGAUCUGGGAAGAGACAGCAGCUGUUCUUGUUGGACCGGAAUUGAUCAAAGCCAAUGAGAAUCUGAGCGUAGAACUCUGGGACUCCGACCGACACACCGCCGAUGACAUUGUCGGAAAGGUCGAGAUUUCCAUGCAGAAGAUGAUUCAACACCCCGGCAAGAUGUACCCGCAGACUUCAAAGCUGGCUGGUAUGGAUGCCGAUAGCGAGAUGCCUGGAGAACUUCACUGGGAAGUCGGCUACUUCACCAAGCCGAAGUUCAGGAAAGAGAUGCGAACGGACGGCAAGAACAAGUCGCUCCCAGACGAGUUGAAGGACAAGCCUGAGUUACAAGACGAGAAGGGUGUCAUCAACUCCGAAGAGGAUGAUGCUGUCAUGCAUACUCCACCGGAUCCUCUGUGGCCCAGCGGUAUCUGCAGUGUGGUUUGCCACCAGAUUGUGAACCUAGAGCUCGAGAACGUCAAGGGUAGCGCCGACCCUAGAGGUCGCGAGUACGAGCCUGCGAAGCCUUACGGCGAAGGCAAAGAAGAGACUGGUGGCAAUCUUCCGAACAGCUACUGUACGAUCUUGUUCAACGACGAGCUAGUCUACCGAACUCGUUCGAAGGCUGUCUCAUCUCAGCCCAUCUUCAACGCAGGUACCGAACGAUUCGUUCGUGACUGGCGAUCGGCCAUCAUCACGGUAACGGUGCGCGACCAAAGGAACAGGGAGCACGACCCCAUUCUGGGCGUGGUUCCACUGAAGCUAUCUGACAUCCUCGAAACAUCAUCACAGGUUACGCGAUGGUAUCCGCUCGACGGUGGUAUCGGUUUCGGUCGCAUACGCAUCUCUCUGUUAUUCCGCAGCAUCGAAACUCGUCUACCACCGCAGAUGCUUGGCUGGGACGUCGGCACCUUCGAAUUCCGGUCGCAGCGCAUUCUGGCUUUAGGCUACAACCAUCACCCCAAGAUCAAGUUGCGGACUGGAGGUAGCACCGGCAAGCUAGGCCGCAGCGCUGCCACCAAGCUCCAAGAAGGCGAUGGCUAUUACUGGGAUUUGGAAGAAGGCAAUGGGAAGAACAACGUCCGAUUACCAGUUAAGCACCGCUACAGGUCCCCGAUCGUGUUCGAAUUCCACAUCAGCAAUCAUCGCAAGGCCGACGCUUAUGCCGUGAUUUGGCUCCAGCACUUCAUCGACAACGAGGAUGCCGACAUUAACAUCCCAAUCUGGAAGACCGCUGCUCCUGCUCGACUAACACAGAACUACAUCACCGAAUCAAACUGCCACAAGGAACCUGGUCUCGAUGACCUCCAAGAGGUGGGCCGCCUGCAAUUCCGUGCUCGCUUCAAGGCCGGUACAGACGAGGCGCACGCUGCUUUCAUCACCGACAAUGACACACGCGAGACCUUCGAGACAUGGGAGGCUUGUGUUACGGAGGGUGUUCGAAACCACAAGGUCGAAAAGGAGAUACCAGAUCGCGUGCAGGAGCUGCAUGACCAGUCAUUGACUACAGGACGUGACAUCCUGAAGAAUGCGAGUGAGGAAGAGAAGCGUCAGUGGCUCGCGAAGGAUGGUCAGGACUGGUCAGGUGCUUUUGGAGACAACCCGAAAGCCUACAUGAAUACCAGACGCCAAAAGAGACGUGAACCUGGCGUUGAAGAGCCACUACACGACCGUCACCAUCCAUCCGACAAUGAGGAUAACGACGACUCUGAUGACGACUAUGGCGCCAACUAUUCUUCAUCCGAUAUCGGUGUCGAAGAUGCUGAUACGGUAGGCAACGCGAAGGCUAUGAGUGGUGGCCAGGGCGGAGGUGAUCAAAGCAAAGGCAAUGGUCAACUGAAGUCACAAAAGACCGAUCUAUCGCCAACCGAGGAUCAUCAAGCUCGCCAGUCCAUGUCAACAGCUCGUACAAGUACCACAGCCGAGACAGAUGAAACAUCAUCGAGCGGAAAUGGAAGUGUCAACAAGCAGAACAAGAGAACUGAAGAGAGGAAGCACCGUGGGCUGAUGCAAUGGAAGCCUGCACGAAAUGCGAAAUUCGCAAAGGAUGAGGCUAAGAUCGGGCUGUCUAAGUUGAAGAAGAAGGUCACUGGAGGAUUGGACGGAAGGCAACCCGGUGUUGAGACUGAAACCGGAUAA